CAACUCCUCCACCUUCACAAUUCGUGCCUUUCCCUCCUCUGCAUCUCUAAUCACUCUAUCUAAGGGACCGUUAUCUAGAUUUUCUCUCCGGUUCCAUUACGAAAAUGGCCUCCCACAUUGUUGGAUACCCCCGCAUGGGACCCAAGAGAGAGCUUAAGUUUGCCUUGGAAUCUUUCUGGGAUAAGAAGAGCAGUGCCGAGGAUUUGCAGAAGGUUGCUGCUGAUAUCAGGUCAUCCAUCUGGAAACAGAUGUCUGAUGCUGGGAUCAAGUACAUCCCCAGCAACACUUUCUCUUACUACGACCAGGUUCUUGAUGCCACAGCGAUGCUCGGAGCUGUUCCGCCUAGAUACGGCUGGAAAGGCGGUGAGAUCAGAUUCGACACUUACUUCUCCAUGGCCAGAGGAAAUGCUGCUGUCCCCGCCAUGGAGAUGACCAAGUGGUUUGACACCAACUACCACUUCAUCGUUCCUGAAUUGGGACCUGAUGUUAACUUCUCUUACGCAUCUCACAAGGCAGUUGAUGAGUACAAGGAAGCUAAGGCGCUUGGAGUUGACACUGUCCCAGUCCUUGUUGGCCCUGUCUCAUACUUGUUGCUCUCUAAGCCUGCAAAGGGUGUUGAGAAGAACUUUUCUCUUCUCUCUCUUCUCCCCAAGAUCCUUCCUAUCUACAAGGAAGUCAUAUCUGAGCUUAAGGCAGCUGGUGCUUCCUGGAUUCAGUUUGAUGAACCCACCCUUGUCUUGGAUCUUGACUCGCACCAAUUGCAGGCAUUCACUGCUGCUUAUGCUGAUUUGGAAUCCACUCUCUCAGGCUUGAAUGUACUGAUCGAGACCUACUUUACUGAUCUUACUGCUGAGACAUAUAAGACACUCAUUGGUUUGAAGGGUGUCACUGCUUAUGGUUUGGAUCUGGUUCGCGGAACCCAGACCAUUGAUUUGGUCAAGAGAAAUUUCCCCAAGGGCAAGUACCUCUUUGCUGGAGUUGUUGAUGGAAGGAACAUUUGGGCCAAUGAUCUUGCUUCAUCUCUUAGCACCUUGAAGGAGCUUGAGGCUGUUGUCAGCAAAAACAACCUUGUGGUAUCAACCUCCUGCUCUCUUCUCCACACCGCUGUUGAUCUAGUAAAUGAGACUAAGUUAGAUGAUGAAAUCAAAUCCUGGCUUGCAUUUUCUGCCCAGAAAGUUGUUGAAGUCAAUGCCCUCGCCAAGGCAUUGGCUGGUCAGAAGGAUGAGGCCUUCUUCUCUGCCAAUGCUACUGCUCAGACUUCAAGGAAGUCCUCCCCAAGAGUGACCAAUGAGGCCGUUCAAAAGGCUGCUGCUGCUUUGAAGGGCUCUGACCACCGACGUGAAACUAAUGUUAGUGCCAGACUCGAUGCCCAGCAGAGAAAGCUUAACCUGCCAAUCCUCCCCACCACAACAAUUGGAUCCUUCCCUCAAACCUUGGAACUCAGGAGAGUUCGUCGUGAAUUCAAGGCUAACAAGAUCUCUGAGGAUGAUUACGUUAAAGCCAUUAAGGAGGAAAUUAAGAAGGUUGUCGACCUUCAGGAAGAGCUUGACAUUGAUGUCUUGGUUCAUGGAGAACCUGAGAGAAACGAUAUGGUUGAGUACUUUGGCGAGCAGUUGUCCGGUUUUGCAUUCACUGUUAAUGGAUGGGUGCAAUCGUAUGGAUCUCGAUGUGUGAAGCCACCAAUCAUCUAUGGUGAUGUUAGCCGCCCCAACCCAAUGACUGUUUUCUGGUCAUCUACUGCCCAAAGCAUGACUGCUCGACCAAUGAAGGGAAUGCUUACAGGCCCUGUUACCAUCCUCAACUGGUCUUUUGUCAGAAAUGAUCAACCAAGAUUCGAGACUUGCUACCAGAUUGCCUUGGCCAUUAAGAACGAAGUGGAGGAUCUCGAGAAGGUCGGUAUCAAUGUUAUCCAAAUUGACGAGGCUGCUUUGAGAGAGGGGUUGCCACUUAGGAAGUCCGAGCAUGCGUUCUACUUGAAAUGGGCUGUCCACUCCUUCAGGAUCACCAACUGCGGUGUCCAGGACACUACUCAGAUCCACACCCACAUGUGCUACUCCAACUUCAAUGACAUUAUCCACUCAAUUAUCGACAUGGAUGCCGAUGUCAUUACCAUCGAGAACUCACGUUCAGACGAGAAGCUCCUUUCUGUCUUCCGUGAAGGAGUGAAGUACGGUGCUGGAAUCGGUCCCGGUGUCUAUGACAUCCACUCUCCCAGAAUACCAUCAACCGAAGAGAUUGCUGUCCGAAUCAACAAGAUGCUUGCCGUGCUUGAGACCAACAUCUUGUGGGUUAACCCCGACUGCGGGCUCAAGACACGCAAGUAUGCCGAAGUGAAACCUGCCCUAAGCAACAUGGUUGCUGCUGCCAAGCUACUCCGCACCCAACUUGCGAGUGCCGAGUGAGAGGCUUAUCCGACAGUCGGAGUCUUCCGAAUACAAUCGAAGAGGGAAAAAA